AUGCCAAAGGAGCAGUUUCGUGAAGCGGAUGUAGUUAAGAAAAUAUCGCAAGUUUCGUUCAAUAUUGACAGCCCCCAGCAAAUUCAACAGGAGGCUCAUCUUCAUGUGGUUGCAAAGAAUUUGUACAAUCAAAAUGCGGAACGUACACCAGUUGCGUACGGAGUACUGGACCGACGAAUGGGAGUAAGUCAAAAGGAAGCCACCUGCGAAACAUGCAAGAAAGGUUUAAAUGAUUGUGUGGGACACUUUGGCUACAUCGAUCUGGCUCUGCCGGUAUUUCACGUGGGCCACUUUCGUGCUACGAUCACGAUUCUUCAAUCGAUAUGCAAAGUAUGCUCUCGAGUAAUGUUGAAGGAAGAGGAAAAGAAACAAUUUAGCGCUCGACUGAUGAAUCCCAAUUUAUCAUACUUGGCAAAGAAGUCUAUCCACAGUCAGGUGUUGAAAAAAGCGAAGAAAAGCACCAAAUGUCCCUACUGUAACAGCUUGAACGGUCCGGUAAAGAAAGGCCCAGGACUAAUGAAGAUAGUGCAUGAACCAUUUCGUGGAAAGAAGCCGUCCGAUCCGUUGGUCACCAAUGCACUUCAUCAGAUGCAAUCCGCAAUAGAAUCAAAUCGUGAACUUUCGCAAACCGUCGUCGGUCCUGCUUCAUUGUCAAAGGAACUGAAUCCGGUAGAAGUUUUGGAUUUGUUUCGAAAUAUUCCAAAAAGCGACGUGCCAUUGCUCGGGAUGACAUCCGCACAAUCGAAUCCGGCUGAUCUAAUUGUCACGCGCGUUUUUGUGCCCCCGGUUUGCAUUAGACCGUCGGUUGUAUCGGAAGUAAAGGCAGGCACGACGGAAGACGAUUUAACAAUGAAACAGAGCGAAAUAUUACUCAUCAGCGACGUGAUUGCAAAACACAUGAUGACCGGCGGUAAGAUAGAGCUGAUACAGGAAGAUUGGGACUACUUGCAACUCCACUGUGCGCUGUACUUCAACAGUGAACUGUCCGGUAUCCCGCUUUCGCUAAUGCCGAAAAAGCCCACCCGCGGAAUCGUUCAGCGAUUAAAAGGAAAACAAGGCCGUUUUCGAGGAAAUCUUUCGGGGAAACGAGUGGAUUUUUCAGCACGUACUGUAAUUUCUCCCGAUCCUAAUUUGAUGAUACAUCAAGUGGGUGUACCGGAAAAGGUAGCAAAAAUUCUAACCUUUCCAGAAAAAGUGAACUCGGCCAAUAUUAAGCGUAUGCGGGACUUGGUUCGCAAUGGUACCGACAAACAUCCGGGAGCAAACUAUGUACAACAGAAAGGGAGCGCGUUCAAGAAGUACCUCGCGUAUGGAAAUCGCGAUAAAGUAGCACAAGAUCUGAAAUGCGGUGAUAUUGUCGAGCGCCACCUAAUUGACGGUGAUGUCGUGCUGUUCAAUCGUCAACCCAGUCUGCACAAACUGAGCAUCAUGUGUCACGUAGCAAAAGUUCAACCGCAAAGAACAUUCCGCUUUAAUGAAUGUGCUUGCACGCCCUACAAUGCUGAUUUUGAUGGUGACGAAAUGAAUCUUCACUUGCCGCAAACGGAAGAGGCCCGCGCUGAAGCGUUUGUACUAAUGGGGAACAAGUCAAACUUGGUAACGCCACGCAACGGAGAGUUGCUUAUAGCCGCCACACAGGACUUCAUCACCGGGGGAUAUCUCCUUACGCAAAAGGAUCAAUUUUUGACCCGCGAACAGGUGAUGCAGCUAGCCGCUUGCAUGCUAUCGGGUCCGGAUUACAACAUGGUAAUCGAUUUGCCACGACCAGCCAUUUUGAAGCCACGGAAGUUGUGGACUGGUAAGCAAAUAUUCAGCCUCAUCCUGAAACCCAACAGCCUUUCCUGUGUGAACGCGAACCUGUCCACCAAGGGACGAAACUACACAAAAGAUAUGGAUCUGUGUGUGAAGGAUUCGUGGGUAGUCAUAAGAAACUCGCAGCUGCUAUGUGGUGCCAUGGACAAGGGUACACUAGGUUCCGGCACGAAGAAUUGUAUAUUUUAUGUAAUUCUGCGCGACUUUGGCGAGGAUUUUGCGAUUCGAUCCAUGUGGAGAUUGGCACGGAUGGCAUCGUACUUCAUGAUGAACCACGGAUUUUCGUUUGGCAUCGGUGAUGUUACACCAAGCCGGCAGCUACUGGAAGAAAAGCAAAAACUAUUGGAAAAUGGAUAUCGCAAGUGUGACGAGUAUAUAGCGGAGAUGAAGAAGGGAACCUUGCAGUGUCAACCUGGUUGCACUGCGGAGCAAACGCUGGAAGCUGUCAUGCUGAAGGAACUGUCCAGCAUCCGUGAGCUAGCAGCAAAAGCUUGCUUCAGGGAACUACAUCCAACCAACAGCGCACUUAUUAUGGCCCAAUCGGGUUCGAAAGGAUCGAACAUCAAUAUCUCACAAAUGAUUGCCUGUGUCGGACAGCAAGCUAUCAACGGUAAACGAGUACCUAACGGAUUUGAGGACCGUGCGUUACCUCAUUUUGAAAAGUUUUCUAAAAUUCCCGCCGCUCGUGGUUUCGUGCAGAACAGUUUUUAUUCCGGCUUAACACCGACCGAAUUUUUCUUCCACACCAUGGCUGGCCGAGAAGGACUUGUUGAUACGGCGGUCAAGACAGCAGAGACGGGUUACCUACAACGACGUUUGGUCAAAUGUCUUGAAGAUUUGGUCGUACAGUAUGAUAGUACCGUUCGGAACGCCAUUGGUGAGGUAGUAGAAUUCACCUAUGGUGCUGACGGCUUGGACCCUGUCUACAUGGAGGUGAAGAAUAAACCGGUGGAUAUUGAUAGACAAUUUAUGCAUGUGCGCAAUAUGCUACCCUACCGCGAUGAAUUGCCAUUACGCGGAGAGGAAGUGAAUAGUGUAGGAAAACGAAUUUUAUCCAAACCAGAGUUUUCUAAAUGUGGUGAAAAUUUUCGCAUUGAAUGUUUGGAUUUUUUGCAAAAGUUUUCCACCCGGUUGACGGCAAUUCAACGACUUUAUCGCAACGGACCAAAAGUAUCAAUGGAAGUUGAGCGCACUACCGCCGGUCAGCUAGAACAAUUUCUGUUGGAAGUACGCAACAAGUACAACAAAGCCAUAACCGAACCGGGCACGGCCGUUGGUGCAUUGGCCGCACAGAGUAUCGGCGAGCCCGGUACACAAAUGACGUUAAAAACUUUCCAUUUUGCUGGUGUUGCUUCCAUGAACAUUACACAGGGAGUUCCUCGUAUUGUCGAAAUUAUUAAUGCCACCAAAGCCAUUUCUACUCCAAUCAUAACUGCGGAGAUUGAGAACAACACCAACAUGGAGUUCGCGCGUAAAGUAAAAGCCCGCAUCGAGAAAACAACACUGGGAGAAAUUUCGUCCUUCGUAGAAGAGGUAUAUAAGACAGACGACUGUUUCCUUUUGAUUAAACUCGACCUAGAUCGCAUUCGAGUGCUUGGUUUGGAGGUGAAUGCCGAGACUAUACGUUACUCGAUAUGUACGUCCAAACUAAAGCUAAAGCAAGAUAAUGUGGAUGUUUGUGGGGCUUCAAUUAUUACUAUUCGACCCGAUAGCAGCAAACACAGCCACAGCUUAAAUGCGGAACUGCAGCGACUCACCACAGCGAUACCGAACGUGGUGGUUGCAGGAUUGCCACAAGUAUCCCGAGCAGUUAUCGCCGUCGAUGACUCCCGUGGCACGGCCAAGUAUCGGCUGUGCGUGGAAGGCUGCGGGUUACGUGAUGUUAUGGCCACGUUCGGAGUGAUUGGAACGCGAACCAAGAGCAAUAACAUCCUGGAGGUGUACCAGACAUUAGGAAUAGAGGCGGCUCGAACUACAAUUAUGACGGAAAUCACCGAAGUGAUGGAAGGCCACGGAAUGAGCGUGGAUCACCGACAUAUAAUGUUGCUAGCCAGUCAAAUGACGUCGCGUGGGGAGGUGCUUGGAAUAACACGUCACGGUUUGGCAAAAAUGCGUGAAUCUGUGUUUAAUCUUGCGUCGUUCGAAAAAACGGCCGAUCAUUUGUUCGAUGCGGCAUACUACGGACAAACGGAUUCGGUAGACGGCGUCUCGGAGCGUAUUAUACUGGGUAUGCCCGCUUCGAUUGGUACCGGCUUGUUUAAGCUUAUUCACAACCACAACGAUACGCAGCUGGAGCAUAUUAGCGAGCCUAUUUUUAACAUGGUGUAA